AUGGUCCUCGAUGAGAGCACACACUACGUCAUCGAGCACAGUGGCCCCACGCGUCCAAGUGGUUUCCCGCACACCUCUCCUGUCUCGUCUUCAAGCAAGGGGUGUCAAAAUAUAUGGAUAACCCCGAUGCAUCCAAGCACUUCUUGGUAUUCAUUCGAGAUGCUAUCUGGCCACUACGGGACACCGUAUUCUGGCGAAGAGUCAUCUCAGCGUGCCUUGGACAAGCUUUCUUCGUCGUUCGGAGGGUACGAUGCUGCUCGAAACAACUGCCAGCACUUCGCAGUUUGGGCAAGAUAUGGGGUUAAGUCCAUGUUAUUGAGCGACGAAGCGAAGACAACAAUGGCGAGGCAGCUUGGCGCGAUGGCAGGCAUGUUGCUCUUGCCUCCUCCUUUUAAUCUCGCUUCCGGGUGCUUCGGUGCCUUCAACAUUGUGUCUGCCAAGACUGGUAGCCAGAUGAGCUCGCGUAUUGAGUUCUACUGA